AGAGCAAGGUAGUUUGUCCCGUUUAGGGACACUCGUGUGCAGAGCCACCCACCCAUCCUUCGCUGCGACCCACUCACAGGACGGCCACGCCAGGAGGCACCAUGCCCCAAGACGUGGUCCUCCCUGGCCCUGCGCCCUGGGGCUUCAGACUCUCGGGGGGCAUAGACUUCAACCAGCCUUUGGUCAUCACCAGGAUUACUCCAGGAAGCAAGGCAGCAGCUGCCCACCUGUGUCCUGGAGAUGUCAUUCUGGCUAUUGAUGGCUUUGGGACAGAGUCCAUGACUCAUGGUGAUGCACAGGACAGGAUUAAGGCAGCAGCACACCAGCUGUGUCUCAAAAUUGACAGGGCGGAAACACGCUUAUGGUCCCCCCAGGUAUCUGAAGAUGGGCGAACACAUCCUUUCAAAAUCAAUUUAGAAGCAGAGCCACAGGAUGUGAACUACUUUGAACACAAGCACAAUGUUCGGCCCAAACCUUUCAUAAUUCCAGGCCGAAGCAGUGGAUGCAGUACUCCCUCCGGUCUUGACUGUGGCAGUGGACGUAGCACCCCUUCUUCUGUCAGUACUCUUAGUACAAUUUGCCCAGGUGACUUGAAAGUUGCUGCUAAGAUGGCCCCUAACAUUCCUUUGGAAAUGGAACUUCCUGGUGUGAAGAUUGUACAUGCUCAGUUUAAUACCCCCAUGCAGUUGUACUCAGAUGACAAUAUUAUGGAAACACUUCAGGGUCAGGUUUCAACAGCUCUAGGGGAAACACCCUCAAUGAGUGAACCCACAGCCUCAGUAUCCCCCCAAUCAGAUGUGUACCGCAUGCUCCAUGACCAUCAGGAUGAGCCUACUCAACCUCGCCAGUCAGGCUCCUUCAGGGUGCUCCAGGACUUAGUGAACGAUGGCCCUGAUGAGCGUCCUGCUGGAACUAGAAGUGUGAGAGCUCCAGUCACCAAAGUCCAUGGUGGAGCCAGCAGUGCCCAGAGGAUGCCAUUCUGCGACAAGUGUGGGAAUGGCAUUGUCGGAGCCGUGGUGAAGGCCCGGGAUAAGUACCGGCACCCCGAGUGCUUCGUGUGCGCUGACUGCAAGCUCAACCUCAAGCAGAAGGGCUACUUCUUUGUGGAGGGGGAGCUGUACUGUGAAACACACGCGAGAGCCCGCACGAGGCCCCCUGAAGGCUACGAUAUGGUCACCCUGUACCCCAAGGCUUAAGUCCCUUGCCUACCAGAACGGAACGUGCACGCACGCAGCCACGCACACUUGCAUGGGAGGUCACAGAUCGCUUUGGCUAAAGGAACCCCAUCUGUGGCCUCCAGAUCUAAAGCCGAGGGUUUUAGACAUCAUCUUAUUUGUGUAGUGAGGAAGAGACAUGGGGGUCAAAGGUUUGCCCUGCGACAGAAACAUGCAUCUAAACUAUGUUUGCAAUGCUUUAACUUUGGGUGUAGUCACAUUGACAUUUAAAGCAAUAAUUUUUGUACGUCACGUUCCACAAUUACGUUUAGCAUGUGCCCUUACGGUGUGUCAACACCACGAUAUUCUAGGCAGUUGAAUUGUCUUUCCUUGGAAGUUUAUUUUCAAGUGUAACUAAUAACCAAAUAUUGUAUUCUAACAUAAUCUGCAGGAGUCUGUAACUGUUUUGCCUACAGUGCAUGUCAGAAAUUUGUUUCAUAUGCAAACAACUAUACCACUGUAUACUCCAAAUAUAAUAAACAUG